AUGCGUUUUCUGUGUUUGCACGGAGUUGGGACCAACUCGAAGGUUCUCGAAAUACAAACAGCACCUUUACGCUAUGAGAUUGGUGAUGGCCAUACCUAUGACUUUGUGGAGGGCAUUUUUCCAUAUGAAUUGGCACCUGAGAUACGGGACCUCGUUGUGGCCGAUGACCAAGGAUUUUCCUAUUUUGACCCACAUUCGGUCUCUGCUUCCCUUCAAGCAGUAAAUGACCUAGAACGUUUCAUUGAGGAGGAAGGGCCCUAUGAUGGGGUUCUGGGAUUUAGUCAGGGAAUGAUGUUGGCGUGCACGCUUCUGAUGCGCAAGGUGCAGGAGAAAAAGGCGCUACCGUUCAAGUGCGCGAUUUUCUUCUCGCCUCGCAUGGCACCAUUGGACUAUGUGGACCUCGGGAGAGGUAAAUUUACGGAGAUCAACCCACUCGAUAUAAUCGACAAGAUCCGUAUUCCGACAGCUUUGGUGUGGGGUUCAGUCGAUCCACAUGCAGCGAAAGCGAUUGAGUUGCAACAACUAUUUCCGCCCGAGAUUUUGUCAACAGUUGUUCAUGAUGGUGGCCAUGAAAUCCCGGGAUAUGCUUUCAAGGAUGCGUUGGCAGAAACGGUGAAGGUCAUUCGGAGAACGACCGAUGAGGCUGGGCGAACUUUCUGCACCUGA